AAGCAGUGACGUCAUCGCGGCAUCAGGUGCUUCUCGUCUUUGUGGCUUAAUUGCAGCUGAAAGAUCCGUUUCGUGUUCUAGAGAGGAUUUAUUUUCUUCUCAGUAAAGCUCCCAGUGUUGCAGACUGUGGGAUUGAGAUGGAUGGCCAGCGGCUGCUCUUCUCUCUGUCCGUGUGUGUGUUUAGUUUAGUGGUGUGUGUGGUGGUUGUAGCUGGGAGAGGUGAUGAUCAGAGAUACAGCACCAUCACAUCACCGGAGCAGGAGCUUUACAGCGAGUCGAGGCCGGAGAGUGAGGGCAGUGACUUUAUCAAUCAUCCUCAUCAUCACCCAGCCGCCGUCACACCUCCUUAUCUCCUCCUCCCCAUGUUCCAACAUCAGUCCACUCCUGCUGUUUCUAAAGAGCUCUUCAGUCCUGUAGCCGGAAGAAGCACGUUACCGCGCCCUCUUGCAGAUAUUUUAAUUCCACAAAGACUCGAACCUUACAUCCGGGUCACUCCGGUCAAUAAUAAUAACGGGGUGGAGGUGUGGUGUGGCUACAGCAAGAUUACCGUUCGAAUUGAUCAGGCUCAACUGAACUUCCGGAGCUCCGCCGCUCAUUUCCGGUUAGGAACUUGUCCGGCGUCACGUGCUGACCGGAGCGUCCUGUAUUUCCAGUAUGACCUGAAUGACUGUGGGAGUUCGUUAUCGGUAGCCAAUGGGCAGCUCCUGUAUGCUAAUGAGGUUCUCUACAGGCCGGAGACACAGGGAGCGGUUCUCAGAGCCAUGCCGCUAAUGCUACCGGUCCAGUGUGUGUACGAUCGAUUUCACUAUUCGUACAAAAUCGGCUAUUUGCCCGAAUUUCGUCCUCAGUCGUUUCGGAAGACGAUGGUGAAGAAGCGGGUGUUCAGUCUCUCUGUGCGCGACGGAAACUGGCAAGAACUCGGGCUGAACCGGAGCGUCGUCCUUGGAGACCCCGUGUACUUUGAAGUCGCCACCAAAAUGAUCUCGAAGGACAAGAGCGUCUACGUCGAGGCCUGUCACGUUACGGCGGGUGAGGAUUCCAACUCCACCCAGCGUUAUGAUGUCAUCAGCAACUUCGGCUGCAUGGUGGACAGUAAGAGGACAGGAAGUCAGUCGCGGUACGUCUCCAGGCAGAUGAACGUCCUUCGCUUUUCACUGGACGCCUUUUCAUUCACUGAGGCCACUUCAGAGCGUUUUUAUCUGCACUGCACAGUUCUGGUGGGAAACGUAGCGGCCAGCGCCACGGCCAAGUCCUGCACCUACAGCGAGUCUGAGCAGCGGUGGGCGGAGCUGAAAGGACACGCCUCCGUCUGUAGCUGCUGUGACUCGGACUGUCGGCCAGCGGGGUUCAACUCCUGGUCCUCGGUGCAGCAGGCGGUGGUGAGCAGUAAGCCGUGGAGUUUAAUCCAUAAUAUAGUUUUUCCUGAAGCCUCUGAGGAGCUGGACACGGUGCCGGGUUCCAUUCUGUUACACCACCUACAUCACCCUGAGGGGGAGGGGUCACAUGAGGAGGAGGAGUCGGAAUAUGAGAAGGAGGAGUUAUGUGUAGGGGAGGAGUUAGAGGAGGAGGUUGUGAUGGGUGUUGCAGAGAGUGGUGAGGAUGAUGAAAUGCUGAGUGAUGAAGGGAUGGAGAAAGGAGACACAGUGAAGGAGAAGAAGGAGGUCGUUGAGGGUGGUGAGGGUCAGAAAGAAGAAGCGGCGAUGCAGAAAAACCUGACGGACUCCACUGAGAGGUUCUCUGAGGAAACCGGGGAAGACGAGGAGAUGCUGAAGAGGAACACGUCUCUGUACAUCAGUGCAGCUGAGACUAGAGCUCCAGAGAGGUUUCUGAGAUAAACGAGGAGGAGUGAAGAUCACUGAGCGAGUCCUGAGUCUCAAACACACACACACACACCACCUCAUCUCCUAGGGAGAAACAUCACAACAUCUCCAGCGUUUAGUUUCAGCACAAACUGGAUGUGUUCUCGGUGUUCAUUAUGAAGACUGACCUCAUCUGCUGGAUGCUGAAACCUGAUUUUAUGCUGAUUCCUGCUCUGAUCUUCUCCCAACUGGUCAGGAGAAAAUAAUCACCUGAACUUAUCAACACCUUCAAAACCUUCAUGAUGAAGAGUCUGGACUUUGACCUUUAUAGUUUAUUUACACUGAGUCUGAAUAAUCAAUAAAAUAAAACUGAUGUAAAAUGCUGGGUCUGAGUUUCUCCUCCACUGAGAAUAAAAUAAACGCUCUGAAGCAGAACGAGUCUUAAAGUUUAAAGAGGAUUGUACAGAGUCAGGCCAGGAGCGCCGAGAGACAUGAGUCUUCACAUCAUAAACACUUCACUUUCAUUAACAUAGAAAUAAAUAUUUUUCAAUAUUA